AUGGCCGAGCCGAUUCGUGGAAAGCGUCCUCAGGAGACUGUGGCUCCUACGCCUCAGAACACUCCCGCUGCCACCGCUCCCAUCUCCUCCCACGCUCAGCAGCCGGGCGUCGCUAGUAUCAAGGAGGAGGAUCUGGACCGUGCCGCCGCGGCUUCCGUCUUCGCCCAAAACCCCAAGCUCAUCCAGAUGAUUCAGGGUCGUCUCGGCUCCCUCGUGGGCCAAUCUUCGGGUUACAUCGAGUCCCUGCCCGCUCCCGUCCGCCGCCGUGUCGCUGGCCUCAAGGGCAUUCAGAAGGACCACUCCAAGCUCGAGGCCGAGUUCCAGGAGGAGGUGCUUCAGCUCGAGAAGAAGUACUUCGCCAAGUUCUCUCCCCUCUACGAGAAGCGUUCCGCCAUCGUCAACGGAAAGUCUGAGCCCACCGAGGAAGAGGUCAAGGCCGGCGAGGAGGAUGACGAGCCCGAGGCUGAGGGUGAUGCCCCCAAGCCUGAGCAGAAGUCCGAGAUCCCCGACAAUGUGUCUGGUAUCCCCGAGUUCUGGCUCUCUGCCAUGAAGAACCAGAUCUCUCUUGCCGAGAUGAUCACCGACCGUGAUGAGGGUGCCCUCAAGCAUCUCACUGACAUCCGCAUGGAGUACCUGGACAAGCCCGGAUUCCGCCUCAUCUUCGAGUUCGCCCCCAACGACUACUUCAAGAACACCACCAUUUCCAAGACCUACUACUACCAGAAUGAGAGCGGUUACGGUGGUGACUUUAUCUACGACCAUGCUGAGGGUGACAAGAUCGAGUGGCUGCCCGGCCGUGACCUCACUGUCCGAGUUGAGAGCAAGAAGCAGAGGAACAAGAACACCAAGCAGACCCGUAUCGUUAAGAAGACCGUCCCUACCGAGUCCUUCUUCAACUUCUUCUCGCCACCCAAGGCUCCUACCGAUGAUGACGACGAGGAUGCCGAGUCCGAUAUCGAGGAGCGUCUCGAGCUCGACUACCAGCUCGGUGAGGACAUCAAGGAGAAGCUGAUCCCCCGCGCCAUCGAUUGGUUUACUGGCGAGGCUCUCGCCUUCGAGGAGAUCUCAGACGACGAGCUCGACGGUGCCGAUUUUGACGACGAUGAUGAUGACGAGGAUGAGGAUGACCUGAGCGAGGAGAACGAUGACGAGGAGGAGUCAGACGACGAUGACGAGUCUGGCAAGCCCAAGCAGGAGGCUGCCGAGUGCAAACAGAGCUGA